GUUGGCAAACUUUCAUUACAACGAAAAAAAUUGCUAAUUUCAUGGUCAUCUGCCAACCAUCUCAGGGCCGUGAAGACAGGAAAUUUUACAACGACAAAGGGAGAACCUUUUGUGCACAACAAAAACGAGUGUUAAUUUCUUUACAAAUCAAAGUUUAUGAAAUCAGUAAGCGACUACGGAUUAUAACAUUUAUUCAAGUCGGUUUAGUGGAAGCGUGAAAUUAAAAUGUCAACUCCUGCCAGAAGACGCCUGAUGAGAGAUUUUAAACGCUUACAAGAAGACCCACCCACUGGCGUGUCGGGGGCUCCCACUGACAAUAACAUCAUGAUCUGGAACGCUGUGAUAUUUGGACCGCAUGACACUCCGUUUGAAGAUGGCACAUUCAAACUCACAAUAGAAUUUACAGAAGAAUACCCAAAUAAACCUCCCACAGUGAGAUUUGUGUCCAAAAUGUUUCACCCUAAUGUGUAUGCUGAUGGGGGUAUAUGUUUAGACAUUCUUCAAAACAGAUGGAGUCCUACAUAUGAUGUAUCAGCUAUUUUAACUUCUAUACAGUCAUUACUAAGUGAUCCAAACCCUAACUCGCCAGCAAACUCAAUGGCUGCUCAACUAUACAAGGAGAACAGGAGGGAAUAUGAAAAACGGGUGAAGGCUUGUGUAGAACAAUCAUUUAUCGAUUAGCAGGGGACGGACAGAAGGAGAUCAGACAUCAGCGGUGUUCGCUUGAGUGUGCUGACCGCGAAGGCCAAUACCUCUAUAAAAUAUAAAUUCAUUGGGACAGAUGUGUAAAUCGUACAAGUAUUUACCAUCUUUGUUUGAAACUCUGGUAGUGCAAACAUCUUUUUUAUUGAAAUCAGAAUAACCAUCACAAAAUUUUGUAUAAAGGAAAAUACUCUUAGAGUUUUGUUGAAUGUCAUGAAUUUUUAUCUGAAUACAUUAUUAAUAUAAAUUACCAUUUUCUAUUUUCCAUGUAAUUUUUAUUUGUAAGUUACAUUAGCUAAGCUAUUGAAUCAAACCACAUCAUUCUGUUGUAAGGAGAUGAUGUACAUUGUAAAUUAUUUCCUUGUCAUAAUCAUGUAUAGCUACAUAGUUGUUUAAUCAUAAUGGUAUGCAUUGUAAAAGCUGGUUAUUUUUAACUAAAACAGAAUUAUAAUAAAAUUAUUAGGGUUUGGUAUAGAUAAUAAAAAACAUUGGCAAUGAGAUAAUGUGAUAAUUUGUUAUUACAAAACAACCACCAAGCGAUAAUGAUGCUUGAUUUUGUUAUAACUUUUCAUUUAGGUAUAUUUACCCCUUCGAACAGUGUUUACCUAAAAUAGUACAAGUGUUUUUAGUAUGCUUUCUGAAUAUAUUGCCUUAUUGCUAUGAUAUUACCAUUCAUUCUGCUGCACAAAAUCACGCUAAAACCUAUUCACCUAGUACUAGUGUCCCAAUGGAUAUUUGUGCAACUGUGUGUAGCAGUUUUCUUGUUUUCUAACAACGCUAAAAUAUAAAAAUGUCUUUCGUAUUGCAGAGCCAUUUUUACUUUUAUCUGUAAUAUUUUGUCUUCUAGUAAAAUAUUAUUUUCGGUUUUA